AUGUUUCUGUCUCUUCUUAUGCUGAUAGUCCUUAUUCCACUGAUUUCUCCAGCUGGACUUAGGGGAAGAAAAUGUCCCACAGGGUAUCCCAGUACCACCAGCCUCUGCUUCUACAGUUUGUUCCUGCCAUGUCCCAUAACAGGCUAUGUGUUCUUGCACCUUUAG